GGUGAAGUCAUCGAUACAAGAUAUUGAACUUGUGCCAUAUAUUGAAUAAUUAUUAUGGGGAUAUUUCCAGACGUUUUAAAGGACAGAAAAUUCUGCUUUGGUUUUCAGAUUUUCAUUUAUUUGCCCUGUCAUUCUUAAAUCUCAUAAUACGUAGUUAUGAUAUCCUCAUCUUGCAAAGUAGCCACACUGCUACUUUCAUUCCUCCCAUACACAUCCGCAACCUACUCCUACUACCCUUCAAGCACACCCACAAAUGCCACAAUCCCCAUCCCCACCUCACCCUGCGAUGCCGUAACAGCAUGGCCAUCUGACCUCCCUGGUGUGCCCUACACUUCGCAAUCCCCAGAUGAGGAACUUACUUCUAUCCUGGAACAAGUCGAUCCUGUUCGCAUUCAAGCUAUUGUCGAGAAGCUUGUCUCUUUUGGGACGCGUCAUACACAGAGCUCACAGACUGAUCCUGCACGAGGCAUUGGUGCGGCGAGGGAUUGGAUCUUGAAGGAGUAUCAGGGGUAUGCGGAACAGAGUGAGGGAUGGAUGACAGUGGAGUUGCAAAGUUAUGUGCAAAGCCCUGGAGGGAGGAUUUCGGCCCCGACGAAUAUCAGUAACAUUAUUGCCACGUUGAAAGGAACCAGCGAGCCAGAACGGAUUGUGAUUAUGAGUGGGCAUUAUGACUCCAGAAACACAAACGUCAGCAACUCUGUUGACGAUGCUCCUGGAGCGGAUGAUGACGCUUCAGGAGUUGCCAUAGCCAUGGAACUCGCCCGCAUUAUGGCCACCCACCGACCUCUUGCAACCAUCCAAUUCGCAGCCGUAGCAGGCGAGGAGCAAGGUCUCCUCGGCUCAACUUACAUGGCACAAAUACUCGCCAAUGCCUCUGCUAACGUUCAAGGAAUGUGGACGAACGACAUCGUUGGCUCUCCCAUCGGAGAUGACGGAAAGAACCAAUCCAACAUAAUCCGCAUCUUCGCCCAAGGCAUCCCAACCAACGAAUCCACGUCGCGAGCAGCCCAACGCCUCUCCAUAGGCGGUGAGAACGACUCACCAGCCCGCCAGCUAGCACGCUUCACCGUCGACGUAGCAAGUAACCCCCUCACUGGUAUGCAAGUCGAGACCGUCUACCGCCUCGAUCGCUACCUACGCGGAGGAGACCACGCCCCUUUUCUAGCAGCCGGCUACGCCGCGAACAGAUUCACUGAACCUCGCGAGGAUUUCGCACAUCAGCACCAAGACGUGAGGGUGGAAAAUGGGACGCAGUACGGUGAUUUGGCAGAGUUCUGUGACUUCUACUAUAUUUCGAGAGUGGGCAAGGUGACGGGUGCGGCGGCGUGGAGUCUUGCGCAGGGACCGGAUGGCCCGAAGAAUGUUACUCUUGAUACGGCGGGAUUGACAAAUGAUAGUCUGUUGAGGUGGAGGGGGGUCAAGGGUGCGGUGGGGUAUGAGGUUCUUUGGAGGGGGACAGAUGAGAGCGUUUGGAGGGGAGUGGUUGAUGUGGGUGAUGUGCAGAGUGCAAUGGUGGGGAUCAGUAAAGAUAAUGUUGUUUUUGGAGUGAGGAGUGUGGGCGGGAAUGGUUACAAGAGUCCAGCCGUGUUCCCGUUUCCUGGGUAGGUGAAGGAAGGCGAGCAAGUGUGUUCUCUAUGUACCGCUGUAUUGUAUUUCAGGCUGGGAGAAGAAGUGCAAAUAAGUACGAGCUGGAAAUAGCUGCUGUAAUGCCCAUAGCAAUAAUUCUGGGAGUCUAGAGCUCGUUGUAAGGAAAGCGAAGUUCUAACUGCCUGUGUAAUUGAUAUGAUUGUUGAUAGACGUCCUGUUUCGUCGUAAACUAAGCGAGGGUCGAUUAGGGGGUCUCUCGCUAGAGUCAAAACAAGGAGCCGGAUAUCUUGG